GCUUUUGUAGUAGCAUUGUUGUUUGCAGUUGCUGUAUGAUCUUGCUAUGAAGUAAAGUACGUCACUCUGCUGUUAUUACCUUUGUGUCCAACAUCCAGCUCUCAUUCAUGAAGGAGAAAUGCAAGACUACAAAUGACUUGAUGUUGUAAUAGAGAUUCCUUGUGCUUCUUAUGGGUUACUGCUACCAGCAACUUUCUGUGGCAUCUUUUGCUCUAACUACCUGUUUUGUGUAUCAUUAUUGUAGCUAUGCAGCUAUAAUGACAUUUCAAAGUGACUGGUUAGGACAAUCAAUCUGUGUAGGUCGGAUAACAGUGAAUGAGCAGUCUUUGCUUUUGCCUUGCAUGAAGAGCCACCGGCUACGCCCCAGGUGCUGCGGCCUACGCCCCAGGUGCUGCAGCCUACCCCCCAGGUGCUGCGGCCUACCACCCAGGUGCCGCGGCCUACCACCCAGGUGCCGCAGCCAACCCCGCAGGUGCCGCAGCCAACCCCGCAGGUGCCGCAGCCAACCCCGCAGGUGCCGCAGCCAACCCCGCAGGUGCCGCAGCCAACCCCGCAGGUGCCGCAGCCAACCCCGCAGGUGCCACAGCCUACCCCCCAGGUGCCGCAGCCUACCCCUCGAGAGCCACGGGCACCCCGUAGACAGCCCAGGCAGCAGGAACUUGAUGGUGCUGUGAUGACGGCUACUGCCGCAUACGUUCGCCAGAGCCAGUUGGAGGAAGCCAGAGUUCAAGAGGACACUCGCUUCCGCCAACAACUGCUGGAACAAAACCGGCAGCACCACGAGGCCCACCUGCAGAGCCUGCGGCAGCACCACGAGGCCCACAUGGAGAGCCUGCGGCACCUCGGGGAGGAGGUGGCGGCAAUGCGGGAAGUGGAGUCUCAGCGCCUCGAAGUGCAGCGGCAACGCCUCGAAGUGGCGCGUCGGUCGCACGAGACCAACGAGCGCCUGCUUCAGCUGCUGCUGGCUGCACUGGGGCAUGGUGGCAGCCAAGCCCCUCCCCCCUCUCAGGCCCCACAUAAUUAAAGGUAGCAUAGGCAAGGAAUUUGUAACUUAUCUUAAAAUUUGCUGAUGUAUUAAUGAUAUGAAGGGCAAAUAUUGCUAGUUUGCAAAUAAAUAAUUGCUGAAGUCACCCUUUAAUGCAACCAUAAGUAGCAUAGCCGUUGCAGCAUGAAUUUUUUCUUCAAGGUUUACUUCAGCCAUAAGAGCGUGCACACCAUCAGGCUCACCUGCAAAAGUGCCUGUAGGCCUGGUGUGUGUGGGCAUUCCGACUGUGGCACUGCAAUUUUGAGGUGCCUAGUUAUUGUCAUGUCAAUUUAAGCACGACGCCACACUGCAAGUGUUCUACAAUUUAAUCCUUGUCAUCGAAUGGUGAAAUUUUCAGGCCUUACUAUAAUGUCGAAAGCAACCUGUCAAUAUACACAGUAAAAAAGAAAAAAGUUAUGAAAAUUCCUUGCCUAUGCUCCUUCUUUUCAUUUGUAAUGUUUAUUUUUUGUUUGUUGCAUAUGCAUAUUUGUUUGUGUCACUACGUACUGAGCUGGAAUGUCUCUUUUCUUGCACAUCUGUCUCAUUAUCAAACAAUUUGUUGUCAUUCAGUAAUCUUUCAGGUUGUGAUACAUUGUAUUUUAGCCCUUGUGGUGCAAUUUGUGUGUAAUAUUUAUGCAGUUUGUCUUACUGAAUAUCAUAAUAUGGUGCUAUGGCUCUUUCACUUUGAGCACCACAACAGCAUGUUCCUUUCACAUGUAGUGAUGUACCUAUACAUUUCGCUGUGAUAAAUAUUCGGUUGGCAUGUGAUUUAAGCACCUGCUCAUUUCUGUUGCUGGUGCAGUUUAAGCCAGUUGUUAUUACUGUGUACUUGUGCAGUGUACAACAGUUUUCUUAAACGAUGCAUGCCGUUACCUGUGAUAUAUUAUGAUGCAAGAACAAUGUGAUCCGAUAUUUAUUCCAACAUGUCUGUGAUAUGUUGCAUAAUGUCUCUACUACUGAGUACUCAUGAUUCUCACACUUCUUCAAUGUAGAGACUGUCGCAUGUGAUGUGUACAUAAACAAGUGUAUGUUGAAGGCUGAAAUACAGAAAGGUGCAGUUUUC